ACUUAAAGAUCUUUUCCGUGAAUGCGGUGAAGUUAUACGUGUCGAUAUCGCCGAAGGUUGGGACGGCCGUUCUAGAGGCUUCGCCACUGUUCUCUUCGAGGAGAUCGACAACGCUGCCAAUGCUAUCGAGAAAUUCAACGAGUACGAGUUCCAAGGGCGUAAACUACUUGUUCGUGAAGACCAGUUU